AUGUAUCAGCAAAUUUUCUUUUUUAUUGCAGUUCGCUCCUCGGGUGGGAGAAAUGUACAGCCAGUUCUAGCAACCAGACCAUCCAGUGCGAAACCAACUCCAACUCAAGCACGGCAAAGACCAUCCGGCCCGACUCCACCACCCGGUGGAAGAAGACUAUCUGGCGAGAAGGCACCGUCUCAAAAAGGUCUGUCCGGGGAGAAGGGACCGUCACGAGGAUCUGGCGAGAAGGCACCGUCUUCAAAAAGUCUAUCCGGCGAGAAAGCGCCUUCUCAAAAAGGACUAUCCGGCGAGUCGAGAUCGUUCCAAGGAGUGCCAUCACGUGGGACACCACCGCCAAACAGGAGAUCAUCAUCUGGUGCAACACCGCAACAGCAGCGGAGACCAUCCAGCUCGAAGCCAACACCUCCUCCAGCAAGUAGGCAGUGUGGCGCAAGACCAACUCCACAGCGACAGGGGAGAGGAUCCAGCGAGGAGAGAACACCAGGUCAGUCACGACUUGUUCAAAAACCGUCGAGUAAGGAGGGCAUGGUCACUCCUGCCCGUUCCGCUGAGAGUAGAGGAACAAGUGCGGCACGAACCCCAACGCCAAUGCGAAAGUGUCCAGUGCCUUACCAUUGCCUCGACACAAAGAAGAAAUCUCCUUCUUUCGCUGUCGGGCGACUUAUUGUAGAAGAUACUGAAUAA